CGUUUCGGAUGUUCAGUUUUCGUUUUCUUCUCUCGUCAUCGGAACCACAGUGAACCACUGCGACUGCCACUGUCUGAGACAGUCUGUCCUUGGUUGUGCAACAUAGUGAUAGCAAGAUGUUUUCCAGGCAGGUCAAGCAAUUUCUCAAGAGAUCCUCUUCGACACUCUGGCCGUACUUACAGAGAAACUACGGUGCGCCUAGCCGUCAGGCAAAAGUGACCAAUGACUUUGUGAGCUCGCUAAAAAGCAUUGUUGGAGACAAGAAUGUGUCGACUGCCGACGCCGUCAGAGAACAGCAUGGCCAUGAUGAGUCUCACCAUGAAAUUGGCCUGCCAGACGUCGUGGUAUUUGCCGAGUCUGUGCAACAUGUGAGCGAAGUGUCCAAAUUGUGCAACGACAAUGUGGUGUCUCUCAUUCCCUUUGGCAGCGGGACAGGGCUGGAGGGCGGAGUCAAUGCGCUGGAGGGUGGAGUUUGUCUUGAUGUGACCAAAAUGGAUGAGAUCAUAGAAGUGAAUGCUGAAGACUUUGACUGCACCGUGCGGCCAGGGGUCAUGAGAAUCGGCCUCAACAAUUAUCUCAGGGACACUGGGCUCUUUUUCCCGAUCGAUCCUGGUGCUGAUGCGUCAGUGUGCGGCAUGUGUGCUACGAGUGCGUCCGGGACCAAUGCUGUGCGCUAUGGGACUAUGAGGGAAAAUGUGCUCAACCUGGAGGUGGUGCUGCCAGAUGGGCGUGUCAUCGACACAGCGGGGAAAGGCAGACGAACCAAGAAAACUUCGGCUGGUUACAAUUUGACCAACUUGUUUGUUGGAUCAGAGGGUACCCUUGGCACUAUUACCAAAGCUACCGUCAGAUUAUAUGGAGUCCCAGAAAAGACUAUUUCCGCCGUGUGUCAUUUUAACUCAGUGCAGGAGGCUGUUGACACAGUCGUACAAGUGUUGCAGUGUGGAAUUCCCAUGGCAAAACUUGAAUUUCUUGAUGAUGUGGCCAUUGAGGCUUUCAACAAGUUUAGCAAGUUUGAUAUGACGGUGGCACAGUCAUUGUUUUUAGAAUUUCACGGACCUGCACUUGGCCUGGAAGAUCAGUUCAACACUGUCAAGGAGCUGAUUGAUAUGAACAAUGGAUUUGGCCUGAAGACUGCCAUAGAAGCUGAUGAAAGAAACAAACUAUGGAAGGCCAGGCAUGAGAUGGUGUGGGCAUGCUGCUCACUUAUCCCUGGUUCAAAGCCUUACUCCACUGAUGUUUGUGUGCCUAUCUCCCACUUGCCUGAUGUGAUCGUCAAAACAAAGGAAAUGAUCAAAGAGGCAAAUGUCAUUGGGCCCAUUGUUGGGCAUGUCGGAGAUGGGAAUUUCCACGUGUUUUUCCCUGUGGACCACGCAGACACUGAGACGUUUAAAAAAGUCUAUGACAUUUCACAUAGGAUGGCCCUUCUGGCCAUGGACCGGAACGGAACCUGCACCGGGGAGCAUGGGAUUGGGAUGGGCAAGCGGGACCUGCUUAUCCGAGAGCUUGGUGAGGAGGGCGUUGAGGCAAUGAGACAAGUGAAGAAAACCUUUGACCCCAACGGCAUCAUGAACCCUGGCAAGGUGUUCUGUUGAUUUCCCCCCCUCGGCCCUGGAGACUUUGCUCACUGGUCUACAGGUUGUGUUUUGAAAAUGAAUGAGCUUGUGAGUGCAUGGGCUCACCCUCUUCUCUCUUUUUUUCGCGCACUCAUACACACAUGCACUCACACAUACACCUGUACCUGUUGUACACUCGCAUGCACUCACACACACAUGCGCACACACACA